AUGGUUUUAUUAUCUUACUGUUCUGUUAAUGUGUUCCCAGUCCUUCGCUCACUUACCUCGUGCUCAGGGCUGUGCGGAGAGCGCAUGCGCGCGGCAGGUGGGGCGGGCGGGAGCGGCGCGGGCGCGGGCGGCGCUUGCGCAGGGCGGGCGGCGCGCCGGCGUCAGUCCGCGCGCGUCCUCGCCAUGGCUCGGUGGCUGAAGGCUCUGGCGGCAGUGUUUCUGCUCGCCGCCGCCGUGACUGCGCGCAAGUCCCCCCCCGUGACCAAACACGAGCCCCAGAUCGAGGAGGUCACCGCCAAACAGUUGGAUCGAGUGCUGGAAGACAAGGAUUUCGUCGCGGUUUACUGGUAUGCAAGGAGCUGCGUAACGUGUGACAAAGUAUUAGAAGAACUUGAGAAAAUCGACGACGACACGGACACCUUUGGGGUUGACUUCGUCAAGAUCAACGACAAGCGGCUCGCGAAGCAGUAUGGCAUCACGAAAUUCCCCGCCCUCACGUACUUUCGUGAGAAGGAACCGAUCAUUUACGAAGGAGAUCUCAUGGACGAGGAGAGCGUCCUGGAUUUCUUGACGAGUUUAGAAGCAAUGGACCUUCCCGACCGGAUAGAAGAAGUUAAUCAAAAGAUCCUAGCAAAAAUCAUUGACGACACAGAUUAUGUAGCUGUUCUCUUUUGUCCUGAUCACAAAAGUUGCGGUCCAUCAAACAAUAAACCUGAAUGUAAGAAAUGUGCUAAAGCUCUCCAAGAGCUAGAAAACAUUGAUGACGAGGCUGAUCAACUCGGGAUCGGUUUCGUGAAGAUCCACGACGAGGAACUAGCUGAAGAGUACAGUCUUGGAGAUUUGCCAAGACUAGUGUACUACAGGCAUCAAAUACCUAUUAUCUAUGAAGGUGAAUUGAGCCGAGAAGAGGAUGUAUUGGAAUGGCUGAUCGCUAACAAAUCCACGGGUGAUGAGGAAGAUAUCAUUGAAGAUGUCACGGCUAAGACCUUGAAUACUUUGAUCGGAAAUGUUGAUAAUCUUGUCGUACUAUUUUAUGACCACGGCGAUGAAGAAUCGAUGACAGUGCUAGGUGAACUCGAGAAGAUAGACGAUGACUGUGACCGUCACGGUAUACAGUUCGUUAAAAUCGACGAUCAAAAAGCAGCCAAAGACUUUGGGAUCGAUAAUGUACCAUCCAUAGUCUACUUCGAAAAACAGAUUCCCAAUGUAUAUGACGGUGAUCUUGAAAAUGAGGAAGAGAUUUUAGAAUGGCUCGUCGAUCAAUUGGAGAAAGACGAAAUUGAGGAUGUUACUGAUGAAAUGUUGGAUCAUCUGAUCAAGGAUGGAAAGACUGUCGCCGUGUUGUUUUAUGAUAAUAACGAUCGUAAAUCGCAGAAGGUUUUAAACGAAUUGGAAAAUAUUGAUGAUGAGUGUGACACACUCGGCAUUGCAUUUGUGAAGAUUGAUAACGAUGAUGAGGCUAGAGAGUAUGGUAUUGAGAAAGUGCCUACACUGCUAUAUUUUGAGAAGGGUAUUCCUACCUAUUAUGAAGGAAAUCUUGAAGAGGAAGAGAAGGUUUUAGAGUGGCUCAAGCAUCAAACCGAGAGCGAUGAAAUUGAGGAUGUCACCGAUGAAAUGUUGGACCUGAUAAUUGAUAAAAUGCAUUACGUUGCUGUGCUCUUCUACGACAAAGACCACAAGAAAAGUCAGAAGAUUUUAGCUGAAUUAGAAAACAUUGAUGACGAAUGUGACCAGAAUGACAUUGCUUUUGUUAAAAUCGAUGAUGACAAAGAGGCUAAAGAAUAUGGUAUUGAAACAAUUCCUACAAUGGUCUUCUUUGAGAGGGGUAUUCCACAUGUUUAUGAGGGCGACUUAAUGAAGGAAGAUGAGUUACUUGGAUGGUUACUCCACCAGAAACGUCACAGCGAGAUCCCAGAAGUCACUGAUGAAAUGAUGGAUAAACUGAUUAGUAGCACCCCCUACUUGGCUGUUAUCUUUUAUGAUAAAGAAGACAAACAAGACAUCCGAAUCUUGAAUGAACUGGAAAAUAUUGACGAUGAAUUAGAAAAGGAGGGCAUUGUUAUUGUUCGUAUUGACAAUGAAGAAGAAGCAAAGGAAUAUGGUAUCGAUCAUCUGCCAACUUUAGUAUACUUUGAAGAAAAUAUCCCAGCUAUAUAUGAAGGAGACCUUAUGAAUGAAGACGAAGUAUUGGAAUGGCUGAUUGAACAGAAAAACAGUGCUACGAUUGAAGAGGUCACCGAUGAAAUUCUUACAGAUUUGAUAGAGGAACACGAAUAUGUUGUUGUAUAUUUCAGUGGUAACUGCGAAGAAGGUGAAGAAUGCGACAACAUAUUAGAUGAGCUGGAGAAUAUCGACGAUGAGUUAGACGAGACCGGCAUCAUCUUUGUGACCACUGAAGACUCGGUGGUAGCUAAAAAACAUGGCAUCAAGACUUUCCCCGCUCUCGUGUUCUUCAGAAAUAAGGACCCGCUCAUUUACAAAGGUGAUAUUGAAGACGAAGAUGAGGUUCUAGCUUGGCUGACUGAUGAAGAUACCUUAGAGAUUCCCGGCAAGAUCGAGGAAGUUAACUCUAGAAUGUUGGAGAAAAUCCUAGAGGAAAAUGAUCACGUCGUCGUGUUCUUCUAUAAAGAAGGUGAUAAGAAAUCACAGAAAAUUUUAAGUGAGUUAGAAAAUAUUGAUGAUGAAUGUGAAGAGAAAGACAUUGAUUUCAUCAAGACAUCUGACGACGGCAUUGAUAAGGAAUACGACCUUUCCGAACUUCCAGCUUUGGCUUUCUAUAGACAUAAGUUCAGAACAAUUUACGAUGGCGACCUUAUGCAUGAAGAAGCAAUUCUGAAGUGGGUUCUGGAUCUCCACGAUUCACAGCCCGAUGUUAUUGAAAAUGUAGAUAGGAAGACGUUAAAGGAUCUAAUUGAUGACGUUGAACAUCUGGCAGUAUUUUUUUACAGCGACGAUUGUGACACUUGUGAUGAUGUUCUCGAAGAGCUGGAGACCAUAGAUGAUGACACGGACAAGCAUGGCAUUCAAUUCGUUAAAUCUAAAGAUUCAAAACUGGCUUCAGAUAUUGGCAUUUUUAGCUUCCCAGCACUCGUGUACUAUGAAACAGGGGUACCUAUUAUGUAUGAUGGUGACUUAAAGAACGAAAAUAAGGUUCUGCAGUGGCUUGUAGAUCAAAAAAGUGAAGAUAACCACCGACAUAAUAAAGCUAAUAUUAAAUCAAAGGCCAAUGCAGAUAGUUACAAAACAACAACGGGGUCAAAUACCUAUAUACAUAUUAAGAAAACCCCAAACAAUGCAAAACCUGCAGAAUGGAAAACUAUGGGAGUGUUGAAGGUUAGAUUCCCAGGAAGAAUUGAUAAAAAAGAGCAAAAAACUAAAAUGAUAUUUAAUAAGAAGGAUGAGAACGAGGAUGACGACGAUGACGAAGUUGACGUUAAUGACGAUGAAGAAGAAGACAAUGCAAAACUAACACCUAUUAAAAGUAUUUUAAAAUUUGAAAAUCAUAAAAAAGACGCUACCUGGAAAAGAGUCAAUCGGCAUUUAGCUUUAGACAAUCGUUACAAAUACGAUGACAAUAGUUAUAAUAAUGAUGACGAUGACAGUGCAGAUGUUGAUAAAUAUGAUGAUGAUGAAGAUGAUGACGAUGACGAAGAAGAUAUUGACGAUGAUGACGACGACGAUGAUGAUGACGAUGACGAUGAUGACGACGAUGAUGAUGAUGACGAUGACGAUGACGACGAUGACGAUGACGAUGAAGACGAUGAUGAUAACGACGAUGACGAUGAUGACGAUGAUGAUAACGACGAUGACGAUGAUGAUAACGACGAUGACGAUGAUGACUACAAAAAAAGUAACAAAUAUAACACCAUAGGUAGAAUGAAACUUGGAAGGCAACAUGGGUUCGAGGAAGAUGAAGACGAUAGUAUAUUGGGUAGAAUAAAACGAAUGUUUACAGGCGAUCGCUGUUUCUACAUUGGAAUGGGGGCGAAACCAGCUGUCCCAAAAAUGACUUAUGAACCCUACCAGUGCUGUCCCACUAAAGUUCAGAGUCCGACAAAAGUAGCGAAGGCCACGCCAACCAAGAUGCAGUCGAAGAACCUCGAGAAGGGAAAACCGAUGGCGAAGCCACCGACGGGUAAAGGCAAAAACAAGGCUCUCGUCAAACCUGACAAGAAGGGCAGAAAAGGGGACCUCUUGGAUGAGUCUGAGGUAUUAGAUUGGAUGGUCAAGCAGAAGGAAGAUGAAAGCAUUGAGGAGAUAGACAGAGACAAAUUAUUUAAAUAUAUUGAGACCAAAGAGUUUUUGGCUGUUGUUUUCUACAAAGAUGAUGAUCCAUCAAGUCCAAGAGUACUUAGACAUGUUGAGCUGAUUGAUGAUGAAGCGGCAGAAUACGGUAUCAAAAUAGUCAAAUGCAGUGAUCGUUUAAUGGCAAAAAAAUAUGGUUUUCGCAAUCCACCUGGAAUAACAUACUUUAGAAAAACGAAAUAUAUAAAUUAUGAUGGAGAUAUAGACGAUGAGGAGGAAAUCUUGGACUGGUUAACAAAUCCGGAGAACAUGGAACUUACAGAUCACAUUGAAAAAGUCAACAGAAAGAUGUUCCACAAGAUUAGGCAAACUUCGGACUACGUUGCAGUAUUCUUUUACAGUAAUGACUGCAAACAGUGUCCCAAAGUGCUUGCGGAGAUUGAACACAUAGAUGACGAUGCUGAUGACUCUGGUAUUAACUUUGUGAAGAUCGACGACAGACAAAUGGCCAAGGAGUACGGUGUUUUCGCCUUACCUGCUGUGCUGUUCUUCAAAAUGGGCUCCAAGGACCCUGUUAUUUAUGCUGGAGACUUAUAUGAUGAACAACAGCUUCUUAGUUGGUUAUUAACUCAAAAGAACCCAGCAGGAGACGUAAUAGAAGCACUUGAUGGACAAGACCUAGUUGAUUUGAUUGAAGAAUCAGGUUCCUUGGCAGUCUACUUUUAUUUGGACGUUUCAGAUGGAACGGAUUGUGAACAGUGCGCUGGAAUAUUGGAAGAACUUGAAAAUAUCGACGAUGAUUGCGAUAGACAUGAAAUUAAAUUCGUAAAGACGCAGGAUUAUUCGAUUGCAGAGUCUUACGGUGUAAUAGAUUUUCCAGUGCUUGUGUACUUUGAACACAAUGUACCUAAUGUGUACGAGGGUUCUUUAGCUGAAGAGGAAGAAGUACUGCAGUGGUUGAUCACUCAAAAGACCGAGGACCGUAUUGAACUUAUUACAAGAGUUAUGUUGGAAAAGAUGGUAGAAGAAACACAAUAUUUAGCCGUUUAUUUCUAUAAACUAAACUGCCACAUUUGCGAUCACAUUCUAGAAGGUCUGGAAAGCAUUGAUGAUGAAUGCGAUGUCUACGGUAUUCACAUGGUCAAGAUUCAAGAUCCACAGUUAGCAAAAAGAUAUUCAAUUAAGACUUUCCCAGCCAUGGUAUACUUCAGGAAUGGAAACCCACUUUUAUUUGAAGGUGACUUACAAAACGAAGAAUCCAUUCUAGAGUGGUUAAUUGAUGACGACAACAGGGAAUUGGCAGAUGAAAUAGAAUCCGUUAACGACAGAAUGUUGGAGAGGUUACUGUAUGAAUCACAUCUGCUUGUGGUCUUUUUCUAUGACGAUGAAGACUGCGCUGAAUGUGCGGAAAUUCUGGAAUCUCUAGAACAAAUAGAUGGAGAAGUUGACCAGUAUGGUAUAGAUUUUGUCAAGAUCGCUAGCUCUGAAGCAGCCGCUACCUACAACAUUGUGAAUAUACCAUCACUAGUCUACUUUCGAAAACAAAUUCCGAUGCUGUAUGACGGAGAUCUCCACCAAGUAGACAAAGUUUUAGCUUGGCUGACUUCUCAGGACGUUUUUGAGAUAAAAAAUGAAAUUGAGGAGGUUAACCGCAAGAUGCUGGACAAAUUGUUAGAGGAAAAUGAGUUCUUAGCUGUUUAUUUCUACGAAAAAACAGCAGAAAGUCGUGCGGUGUUAGACAAAUUAGAAAACAUCGACAGUGAGACGGAUAAUUUGGAUAUAACAUUCGUGAAAAUGCAAGACCCCCGUUACGCACGUAAAUGGGGUGUAACAAAGCUCCCAGCUAUUGUUUAUUUCAGGAAAAGAUUUCCAAGCAUAUACCGAGGUGACCUCAUGUCUGAAGAUGAAGUAUUAGAGUGGCUCCGAAAAAACCGAUUCCGACAGCCAGAAUUGAAUAUAUUUAUGUACGCUUUGAUAGCGCUUUCAAUAGCGUUCAUCCUGUAUACAGCGUUCUUACUACAAUGCUUCAAGCCGGCCCCUCCUGCGCAAACAACGCAUCCGAAGCAGGCGUGA